AUGAAGCACAGUUACGUAGGAAAUGCAUUAUCAACUACGUUCUACAAAAUUGGAUACAGCAUCGGCUAUCGUCCUCAAGUGUACAUUGCAAUAAUGUUCCUCAUAACAUUUAUUCUAGGAAUUGGAUUUAUAAACAUUUCUUUGGUAAAGGAUCUAGAAUAUCUGUUUUCUACUUCCGUUUCUAAAAGCAAAACGGAAAGAGAUUUCAUAGAGCGCGUGUUCCCGAACGAAAUAACCACAGGUGACGAAUACAUGAAGCUCACGCAAUUGGGUAAAUAUUGUGCAUUUAUGGCAUUACCUAAGGGUAACGUCAGCAUGUUGGACGAACGAGCCAUAGAUGACGUGUUAAAAAUAGACAGCAUCACGCGUAACAUCACUUUCUUUUGGAACAAUACCUUCGUCGGAUAUAAAGAUCUUUUUCCUAAAGCCAGUGAUAAAUACGCGCGUAACAUUCUUCUAUUUUUGAAGAGAAAUGUCAAAGGAAUUAAACAACGAACGGUCUCCUUCAAGUACCCCAUGGAUAUAAUACAAUUCAAUUUCAUGGCGUUUGCAAUAAAUCUCGGAGGUGUCAAGGUAAACGAGUCCGGAUAUUUGGAGGAUUUCAGCGCGAUCCGUGUACUCUAUUUGAUUAACAGCAGAACAAAGGAAAAGAAGGAAUUGGCAUUGAAAUUUGAAGAUUACUUUAAAGAAAUUAUAUCGAAAGUCACUUUAGAAAACAUUAACAUUCAUUUGGUUACUUCGCAACUCAUCGACGACGAUGCCAACGAUAAUUCUAGAUUAAGUUUAUCUCUACUUUAUAUUUACUGCCCCUCGACGAUAUUAUUUAUAACAUUGUCAUGCAUUUCAUCGGAUGCCGUAUCAAGUAAACCAUUAGCAGGUUUAGGAGGAUAUUUGAGCGCAGCACUUUCAGCAGGGUCAGCUUUUGGUUUGCUCCUGUGGUGCAAAGUGGAAUACAUCGACAUAAAUCUAUGCGUUGUAUUUAUAGUAUUAGGUAUAGGAUUAGACGAUUGCUUCGUCUUGAUCGCUUCUUGGAAGAAAACAAACGUUAAAGAUCCCGUAGAGAAAAGAAUGGCCGAAACGUAUUCGGACGCUGCAGUUUCAAUCACUAUCACUUCGUUAACUAAUAUCGUAUCGUUUGGAAUUGGAAUCACUACGUCAUAUAGAAUAAUUCAAAUAUUCUGUUUGUAUAGUUCGGUGUGUCUGUUAUUCGAUUAUAUAUAUCAAAUAUUCUUAUUUGGAGGAUUUCUGGCUUUGGAUGGAUACAGAGAAAAAUACAGUUUGCAUUGUUUGUUUUUAAUACCCGUUAAACCGAAAAUAUCAGGAAAUGAAAAUUUCGAUGGACACGAAGAUGAGAAAACAAGCAGUGAUACGGUCAUGAAACUUUUUAGGGACAUCUUCGGAACAUAUCUUGGAAAGUGGCCUGUUAAAGCAAUUUUUAUCACUAUAUUCAUCAUUUACGCUGCAGUUUCUAUGUAUUUUAUGAGCCAAAUUAAGGAAUCUUUACAACUGCAAAAUGUUUUCCCGAAAGCUUCCAAAUCUUUUUCUUACUUGAGAAUCCAUUAUAAAUAUUUUAGCGAUUAUCCACACGUCAUACAAGUCGUGUUUAAUCAAACUUUGGACUACUCUAAUCUAACAGUACAAGAAAAUAUUGAGAAAAUUCUGUCGGAUUUCGAAUCUUCCGAGUACAUAUCGGACUCUUCGAAUACAAUAUGCUGGUUCAGGGAAUAUCAUCGGUUCAUCAGAACGUCUUCACUGAGAUACCUUAUCGAAAACUACAACAUAAACAAUUCCGUGGAUUACAUAAACGGGUUGAACAACGUGUUCUUAAAAAUUAAAUCGUAUCGGGUAUUUAGGAAUGACAUUGUAUUUAACGAUAAAAACAAUAAAAUAGUUGCCUCCCGGUGUUUCCUGGUAAGCCAAAACGUAAGAAACUCUAACGCAGAGAAGUCCAUGUUAGAAGGUUUAAGAGAAAUUGAGAAUAAGGUACCAUAUUCUGUAUUCGCACACAAUAUGUGGUUCCCGUUCUACGAGCAAUAUUUGGGCAUGCCAAUCUUUUGCGUGAAAAACGUAGGCAUCACUGCUCUAACCGUUACAUUUAUAUUUUUCAUAUUUAUACCGGAUUUAAUCUGCACCUGUAUUGCUGCAAUAACACUAAUCAGUAUACAAAUAACCACAAUAGGGUUUAUGAGCUUUUGGAAUGUCAGUUUCGAUGUUAUAUCAAUUAUUAUCCUAGCUAUGAGUAUUGGAAUAUGCAUUGACUAUACAGCGCACGUAAUGUACGCUUACAAAAAAGCCAAAAAGUUAAACCCCAGUGAUAAUAUUAAAGCUACAUUGCAUAGUGUUGGAUACGCCAUCAUUCAAGGGUUUCUGUCGACGAUUAUUGGUGUUUCGAUAUUAUAUUUUGGGCCUUCUUAUACAUUUGUAGUGUUCUUUAAAGUGGUGUUUCUAGUUAUGAUUUUUUCGCUUUAUCACGGUUUGAUUUUAAUACCCAUUAUCCUUAGCAUUGAAGAAUCAUUACGUUCUUACUGGAAGCGUAGAAAUUAGGUGCAUAAGAUAAUUAAAAAUCUGUGGGCCAAUGGCCAUAGGUUACUAGCCUAGUUACUAGUCUUUGUCGAACAUCGUUGAAUGUAUACGAGCGAAGGACCGAUAUAAUUUUCACAUUCGUGACACAUAACUUCCAAUAGGCUAGUCUAUCCACCUUUAUUAUCAUUAAUCAUUUGUGAUCUGCCCUAAAGUAUAGAGCAAAUUCGGAACUUCAGGGUGACUUUCGCCGAGACUUGAAACAGUGAGUUAAAGUGUUCUUGCUGGAAGCUAAACAUUUUGCAAAGUUAAAUAUUUAUUUUAUACUCGUUUACUAAAAUUAAAUUUCUAAUUUCAAAAGUUAGAUGUAUAUGUGUUAUAUAAUAUAGUAUUGUAUAAUACAGUAUAACCUCCAAUUUUGGGAACGAAAUUACCUUCAAACAAAGGCCAUUUUUUAUGUUCCCAUCAGUAGCCUUUUACUUUAAUUUACAGCAAUAAAUUUGCAGAUAUUUUCAUUUAUACUGGGUUUGUUUUGAAGAAAAUCGUUGUACAGUCACUGUUGUAAAUACACAGUUUCACGAUUGCAUUUUCUCUUUUUAUUUUUUUUUAACAAAUAAAAAAUGUAAAAUAUUUCUUUAUUACUAGAAAGUCUUAAAGACUUUAUUUCCUGUUAGUAAAAGUAACAUUGAUUUACAGGGGAACUAGGAAGUCACUAGGAACCUCAAAAUUUUUUCGCACCCGAGAAAAAUCCCCGACUUCCCCAAGAGCCCUACAUAUUGCUACACGUUUUGAUACGUGAAUGUAUUGUAAAAGGUUCUGCAAUCAUUCCUUCAGUUAACUAAAUUCUGUAUGUUUGUUCGCAUGUUAUUUAACGUAUAUAUUUGGAUUAAUAUUAAAAUUAUUUAUAUGUAAUUAUUUUUUUCUC